AUUUUCUCCGAUAUUGUUCAGCAGCCUUCCGCUGAUGAUCAUUUCUUGGUGGCUUUGCAGCUCGGUUUAAAACUCUGGAUUUUGCGGUCAAUUACAUCAUCGAAUUUGGCAUUAUUGUUAGUUCCUCAAAUUAAGUAUACCAAGAUGACAUAAACAAUCGGGCAUAACACAAGGAUGACGAGGCCUAACCCUUCAACUCAAUUCAACUAAUAAAGGGUUUCCACAAGCUGAUAUCAUGUCCGAAAAAGACGGCAAGGAGAAACGGGAGGACAACGAGGAGGGGGAGAAGCGAAGUUUGCGUCAAGUGUUGGCGGAGUUGGUAGAAUCCAGCUCUCUACAUGGCUUGCCCAGGAUCGUGUCCUCGCGGCAUAUUGCCAUCAAGAUAUUGUGGCUCUUGCUCCUAGUCGGAGCCGCAGCUGUGUUAACUAUACAAAUGGUUGGUCUAUUUCGGGAAUAUUUCUCCAACCCAACACAAACGUCAGUGAGUAUGCAUUAUGCUCAGCUCGCGUUUCCAGCACUGACGUUCUGCAACAUGAACCAGAUUAGGCAUAAUUCGAAAUGGUACGACUACCCGGAACUGUAUGAUAUAUACCAGGCAAGCUGGUCACAAAACAUUGUGGAUAACGAAAAUUUCACAGUCGACGAUCUCAUUAGCUGGGGCAUCUCCGAGGCUAAUGCACACGCGCUGUUUACAGAUUUUCACAACUCACGGGAUGCUUAUGAGGCAUGGAGAUCCCGUAUACUAUUUCAGCUUAGAAACAUAACAAAAGAGGAGCGACAAGCGAUUGGCCAUCAGGCCGACGUAUUCAUACAUUCAACUAAGAUUGCAGGAUACUCUCUCGGAUUAACGGAAUUUAACCUUAUACAAUCACCUUUGUAUGGAAAUUGUUUCACAUUGGAAAGUUCCAGUCUGAUUUCUCGAGGAAGUGGACAGGGCCAUGCGUUGUCGAUUGUAUUCAACAUCGAACGAUAUGAAUAUUUCAAACAGUCCUCAUCCGCUUUUGGCGUCCGCAUGGUUCUGCACGAAAAAGGAACUAUUCCGUUGCCAGAGAGUGAGGGUGUGACGUUAAACACGGCAUUUGAAACAAACGUGGGCAUAAGACUUGUGAGUAUUGAACGUCUCGGUGGGCGUUAUGGGGAUUGUACAAAUGGAGAAAGCUUCGUUGCUACUUACAACACCAGCUACGCUGUUCCAGUAUGUUACGUCGUUUGCGAAGCAGAGCACACGGCAAACGAGUGUGGAUGUAUACCGUUAUAUACUCCUGAAAGUCUGCCGUUUGAUAGGCCAAUAUGUGAUGUUGACAACGUUUCUGCACGAGAGUGUCUAACGAAAGUGAAAAAUGGGAUUUACGACGGGGACCUUACGUGCGACUGUAAAACUCCGUGUAAGCAAAGCGUGUAUACGAUGACACUUUCGGGACGUUCUUGGCCUCAUGACGAAUACCUGAAGACCAUUAUUUUGAAAGAUAUUUGUAAACGAAACAAUUCAGCUUAUGAUGGAUAUUACAAGUACGGGGAUAAAUUUUGCGAUAAACUAGCAAGCGGUACACUCACCGCAGCCGAACUUGAGGAAAUUGCGGGAAACUUUAUUUCAAUCAAUGUGUACUUUGAAGACCUCAACUAUGAACAUAUUUUUGAGGAAGCGCUGUACAACCCAGUUCGUUUUCUUUCCGAUAUCGGCGGAGCCAUGGGCCUUUAUACGGGAGCGUCUCUUCUUACAUACGUUGAGAUACUUCAAGUCAUCCCAGAAAUUAUUAUCUAUCUUUUCACCAGAAAUAGAACAUCAGUGAAUCCAAUGUAAAAUGUUAUGUUUGCCAUCGUGAACAAAAAAAAAAUGCGUAGAAUAUAGAAGUUGUUUUAUUAAAAUGUAUCCGCUAUUAUUACACAUGCAGUAGCUUCAUGUUAAAUAUUGAAAUUUUUAAUUUCAGCAAAAUGAAGUCUAUAUCAAUUUAUUUUGUCCGAUAUGAUUCCAUAGCUCAUUUUUAGCUAAAGUAUAAUUCCCGUUACUAAUGAAAACGGUUUUCGGUACUAGCUUUUAAGCCAAUUUGAAAUGUCAUUCUUCUUAUUUUUUAUUUAGUUAAUGUUUUGAAUGGACUUUGUUUAAGUUAAGGCGUUUUUUAACGAUGGAAAAGUCGGUGAAAACAACGAAUGAAUUGUUUGAUGGACACGUUAAGAAUCAUUGUUUAGUCACGUUGUGUUGAAUAUGUGAAAAACUACAGUUUGAUGAAAGGGGAUUCCUGAAAAUUCCCGAAAUAGAUGCACUGUUAUGAAUAACUUUUAUGACUGUUGAAAAAAGUACCCAGCGAACAUGCCAGCCCUUGAACUGAUCUUAACAACCUUUUGGAUGUGCAUUAGUCGUCAGGUUAUUUAUUUUUCCGGCAUUUUUAAUAAACUCUUUAAGUGUUUAAUCGAAGUGAACAAACUCUAUAUUGUUGUUUUUUUAAAAAAGAAGAAAAAAGCGCUGUUCGAUCUCCUUACAUGCUCGGCUUUUACGCUAAAUGUUAUAUCCGGAGCUUGCCGAAAAUGGCCGAAUAUUAUCCCGACAAUUUCCGUAUUGGUUCUAUUUAAAAAAAAACAUUUUCUGUAACGUUUCUGCUACAGUUUGUACUUAUUGGUAAGCCUGUUUAUUAAGUACAUUUUAUUGUGUAUGUGCUUUUUGACAUGUUCACUGUUCUCAGCAUAGCAAAUAAAUGUUUCCUGUCUUUUUCCUAAGGUUUUCUUCGACAUUUGUUGUUUCGUAAUUCCUUCUGUGUCAAUAUUUUUGACCUGUAGAAGUUCAUAGAUUUCUUUUAUACAUUCUCGCAGGUACUUGCUUUCUCGCCUUAAAGCAUCUGUCAGCAAUCAAUUAUUAAAAAGGUUAAUUAUAUGUCAUCCCUGUUUGUUGUCUUGCUAUGUUGUGUGUAUCUCGUUAAGUGUCUGUUGUGCAUUCAUGUUGCUUUGGGCUGCUGUGUGUGUCCCUUCUGUUUUUACUGUAUUAUUUCAACAAUACUAUCCUAAAUGUUACCAACAUAU